AGCUGUGGUCAGGCAGUGCAUCAUGGCGGACCCAAGAGAGAAAGCUCUACAAGACUAUAGGAAGAAAUUGCUUGACCACAAAGAAAUUGACGGGCGUCUUAAAGAGCUGCGAGAACAGCUGAAAGAACUCACAAAGCAAUAUGAAAAAUCUGAAAAUGACCUGAAAGCUUUGCAAAGUGUCGGGCAGAUUGUUGGUGAAGUCCUGAAACAGCUAACAGAAGAGAAGUUCAUUGUCAAAGCAACCAAUGGUCCGCGAUAUGUUGUUGGCUGCCGUCGACAACUGGACAAGUCCAAACUCAAACCUGGCACCAGAGUUGCCUUGGACAUGACCACAUUGACCAUUAUGAGGUACCUGCCCCGAGAGGUUGACCCCCUGGUGUACAACAUGUCCCAUGAAGACCCUGGCAGUGUCUCCUACUCAGAGAUCGGAGGCUUGUCAGAGCAAAUCCGUGAGCUGAGGGAGGUGAUCGAGUUGCCUCUGACGAACCCUGAGCUUUUCCAGAGGGUGGGUAUCAUCCCCCCUAAAGGCUGCCUGCUCUACGGACCUCCAGGCACUGGAAAAACUCUUCUGGCCAGAGCAGUUGCCAGUCAGCUUGACUGCAACUUCUUGAAGGUGGUGUCAAGCUCCAUUGUGGACAAAUACAUUGGAGAGAGCGCCAGGCUGAUCAGGGAGAUGUUCAACUAUGCCAGGGAUCACCAGCCCUGCAUCAUCUUCAUGGAUGAGAUUGAUGCCAUAGGCGGCCGUCGUUUCUCUGAGGGGACGUCUGCUGAUAGAGAGAUUCAGAGGACGCUGAUGGAGCUCCUGAACCAAAUGGACGGGUUUGAUACUCUGCACAGAGUGAAGAUGAUCAUGGCCACAAACCGGCCUGACACCUUAGACCCUGCCCUGCUGCGCCCAGGGAGGCUCGACCGCAAAAUUCACAUUGAGCUCCCUAAUGAGCAGGCCCGUCUGGACAUUCUGAAGAUUCAUUCUGGGCCCAUCACCAAACAUGGAGACAUAGAUUAUGAAGCAAUUGUGAAGCUCUCUGAUGGUUUUAAUGGAGCAGAUCUGAGAAACGUGUGCACUGAAGCGGGCAUGUUUGCAAUCCGUGCCGAUCACGAGUAUGUAACUCAGGAAGAUUUUAUGAAGGCUGUGCGCAAGGUGGCAGACUCAAAGAAGCUGGAAUCCAAGCUGGAUUACAAACCUGUAUAACAAUGUUCCAUACCAUCGAUGAAGAUAUUGGGUGCACAGAAAAGAAAAACAAACUAUACUAAACAAAAAAAAUGGGAAAGUUUGCUAUUUCUGUACUGUAUUCCAUUACAAAUAUAUAUACAAUUGUAGAGUGUAGAAUCCAUUAACUUUAGAGAGUAAAGCUAUGCUACAGUGUUUUUUUGUAUGUAGCAUAAAAAACAGCUUUGUUCUAUUCUGUCCAUUGAAAAAAUAUGGAUGUCUUGAUUAACUGUCCAAUUCCAAUGUCAUAUUAUAUGAUACUCUUUGCCAUUUCUACACCAGUGUAAUAAGAACCAUCAAGUGACCUCAAGGAUGAUUGAAUAUACAUUUAAUACAAUUGUUCCUGGAUCUGUCAUGUUUCUUUUGUCCUGGAGAAGUCCUAUUAAACACUCUGUUAAAAGUGAAAGUAUUUCAGUGAUUUAUUACCACUUUAGGAGAAAAGAAAUGUUCUUCAUCAUUGGAGCAUUUAUAUCUAUCGCUUAUAAAAUAUAUGAAAGCUGUA